AACCGCUACUUGCGCAUGUGCAUUAGGGUGCCAUUUGCGACAGAGAAAGGCUUUUGUGCAUGAUUCAUUUUUUAUUCUGGAUGUUGUCAACAAGUGUGCAUGUUCAACUCUUUUAAGUUUUAUAAGGGGAGGAGUUGCACUGUUCCCAAGCCAUUAGGAAAGAAGUAAUGGCAAGGCGUUAGUGAGUUUUAUAUCUGAGGAGCUUUGAGACUUGGCACAAGCAGCACAUCUGUGAUCGGUAUAUCGAGGUGCAAGUGAUCACAGGUACCCACUUCGUCAUGGAUAUCAAAGGUUAUUUUAAAGAUGCACAAGCCUUCUUUGAUAAGGAUGCCCCGGCCAUCAUUCGGAUGCGAGGUCUACCCUAUGAAUGCACUGCCGAAGAUAUUCUACAGUUUUUAGAGCAUGGAGAGAAUUACGUGAAGGUAAUGGAUGGCAAGGAAGGGGUGUUUUUCGUGAAAAACCGGGACGACAAACCUACAGGUGAUGCGCUGGUGCUACUCACGGAGGAAGAUAUGGCUUCCAAAGCUGUUAGAAAGAACAACCAUCACAUGGGCGGCAGAUACAUCGAAAUUUGCAGGAAGUCAUCGCCCGAAAUUCAGCGUCUUGUGAGCUGGUCAAUGGUUAAGGAUGCGCUCCCCUACACGCCGCCCGACCCCGACGAGCAGCUGAUCACAUCUGGCACUGCCAAGAAUUCUCUCCGGCUGCAGGGUGUCCCUUUAAAGGUCCAGCUCCACCAAACGCCGUCCGUCCAGCAAGUGAUUCCACCUGGCACUGACAAGAAUUGCCUCAUACUGAAGGGUCUCCCUUUUAAGGCCCAGAUCGAGGAAAUUAUCGAAUUUCUCGGCGAACAUGCUAAUAACAUCAUUCCCCACGGUCUUCAUAUUGUCUACAAUGAAGAGGGAAAGGUCACUGGUGAAGCAUUCAUCCAGAUGAACUCGGCUGUGUCAGCAUUCAUCGCGGCGCUAGAGAAGGAUCUCAAAUUUUUGACAAUCGACAGGACGUGUCGUUACAUACAAGUGAGCCAGUGCUCAGGAGACGACAUUUCCAGGAUUAUGGCUAGCAGACAACGAUUGUCGCUUACGUCAGCUGACGCCAGAAUACAGAGUCCACUCGGCUCAAACAGUCCCGCAAUGUCGCUUCCUCGAAGCGCCAAUGCUAGCAAUUCCUCAGCCGAAUUCUAUCCUGUCAACGCGACCGCGUCUCCACUUCCGCCUCAACAGCUCGCGACGCCGCAUCAAGACAAAAUUUGGUUGUUGAAUUAUCUGCAACAACAGCAAGCUGCCUCGCAAUACCAACAACUUAUGCAGGCCCUCCCAAAAAACGUACCUCCUCCACCAUUGCCUCCCAACCCCUCAAAUUUAUGGGCCCAAAAUAACCUCACCUACCCUUCGUUUCUCCCCACAGCUCCUGGGCCCUUUUUCUACAUCCCUCCUGCUCAACCCCAAGCGGCGGCCGCUGCAGGCUACCCGCAAUACAGUGCGGGCUACCCGCCGCAAUACGUUCCCCAACCCUACUUCCCACCCUUAUCUCCCCAAUUCUACUUCCCAUCCAUACCUCCCAAUCCUGUAAUGAAGGCUCCCAACACUGCACUUGAUCUGAAACGUAGUUGGGAUCAGGCGUUCCACAGCACUGAUGUUAACGGCAACCUUGUGAAGCGACCUGCAGCUACAAGCACCUCCACGGUUACUUCUCAAAACUAUGCAAACAACUAUAUGACGGGGUACUCGAAUACCCCUGGUUUCCAGGCACUUAUGUAGAUUGAUUCCUUGGUGUUUCAUAAUGAUGUAGCAUUUACAUUUUGAUUAUAAGAUACAAUAGAUUA